GCCAGAGCGCGUGUGUAGGAGAGCAAGGAGGAAGAGCCCAGUGGGGGCGCGGGUUCUUCCCCCUUUGGAGCCGCAUUGAGACUCAAGGCACACUCGGGCACAGAAUGGCUGUUUUAUAAGUGGGAUCCUCGGGGACGUAUGGCUGCCUGCUCCUUGGCAGCUGUCUUUAUGGACCAGUAGGCAGAGGGAAAUUGACGCUGACGAGACUUCUGCAUCUUGGAAGGGACUGUAAUCUACUGUAGUGAAGAACAGAACCUCUCAAUCACGCGGGUGUAAAUAAGAGACGGAGGGGAGUCCAAAAGAAAAGGAAGAGGAGGGGAAGAGUGUGUGUUGGGGGGAGCGGGGAAAAGCAUUUUUGGUGGAUGGUAUGAAGCCAGCCAUGGAAACUGCAGCCGAGGAAAACACUGAACAAAGCCAAGAGAGAAAAGUGAACAGCAGAGCUGAAAUGGAAAUUGGCAGGUACCACUGGAUGUACCCAGGCUCAAAGAACCACCAGUACCAUCCUGUGCCAACCCUGGGGGACAGGGCUAGCCCCUUGAGCAGUCCAGGCUGCUUUGAAUGCUGCAUCAAGUGUCUGGGAGGAGUCCCCUACGCCUCUCUGGUGGCCACCAUCCUCUGCUUCUCCGGGGUCGCCUUGUUCUGUGGCUGUGGGCAUGUGGCUCUUGCGGGGACCGUGGCGAUUCUUGAGCAACACUUCUCCACCAACACCAGUGACCAUGCCUUGCUGAGUGAGGUAAUACAGCUGAUGCAGUAUGUCAUCUAUGGAAUUGCCUCCUUUUUCUUCUUGUAUGGGAUCAUUCUGUUGGCAGAAGGCUUUUACACCACAAGUGCAGUGAAAGAACUGCACGGGGAGUUUAAAACAACCGCCUGUGGCCGAUGCAUCAGUGGAAUGUUCGUCUUCCUCACCUACGUGCUGGGAGUGGCCUGGCUGGGCGUGUUCGGUUUCUCUGCAGUGCCCGUGUUUAUGUUCUACAACAUAUGGUCAACUUGUGAAGUCAUCAAGUCACCCCAGACCAACGGAACAGCUGGUGUGGAGCAGAUCUGCGUGGAUAUCCGGCAAUACGGUAUCAUUCCAUGGAAUGCAUUCCCAGGAAAGAUCUGUGGCUCCGCCCUGGAGAACAUCUGCAACACCAAUGAGUUCUACAUGUCCUAUCACCUGUUCAUUGUGGCCUGUGCAGGAGCUGGUGCCACCGUCAUUGCCCUGAUCCACUUCCUCAUGAUACUGUCUUCUAACUGGGCUUACUUAAAGGAUGCAAGCAAAAUGCAGGCUUACCAGGAUAUCAAAGCAAAGGAAGAACAGGAACUGCAAGAUAUCCAGUCUCGCUCAAAAGAACAACUCAAUUCUUACACAUAAACGUUUGCCAGUGUUUCAGCCGACGAAUUGACAGCUCUGACAAAUCAUCAGACAGCUGCUCUGCAGUACAGAUGUGUAUCCCACCAAACAAACUAAUAUAGAAGUACAAACACUUCACUGGCUGUCUCAAGCUGGGAUGUAUUUCUAGGAAAACCUUCCAGUAGGUAAAUCUUUUUCUUUAGAACAGAUAUUGGAGGUUUCGUGUUAACCAUUUUAAAAGGCAACACUUUGACAAAAUGUUCCUCCUUUUGAAAUUUGAUAGGGACCCGUGAUGUGUCAGCAUCAAGGGAUGUGACCAUAAAUUCAUGUAUGCCAUCUGUCCCCAAAUAAAUGUAUCUAAAUAGGGGAUAAAAUGGAAUUGGCGUGAAGUUCCAUUUCUGACAACUGACAUCUAUUAAAUUGUGGCUCAUCGAAGAUAAUGUGAUUCUUACAAUUGACCUUGUUUUUUUUAAUUAGCUGACUUCCCCCCUCUAAGUCCAGGGCACAUUAAUUUCCUGAUCCAAGCAGAAAUCUUUUCUUCAAUAAUGCUGAAAUGAGCUACUAUACAUUCUGCUACACCUACCAUUGAAGAGCUGGAUUCCAACUCAUUGACAAGCUUUCAAGAAUCAAUUUUGUAAUGGAUUUCAUUUUAAUAAAAUGACCCAGUUGUCAUCCUCCUUGGGAAAUAAAUGUCAGCUCUGCCUUAAUGAGUAUUUGCUUUAAAUUUCUAAGAAUUAUAUUACCACGGGAGACCCAAAACCCUUCAUAGAAUUUUUUUCCACAAAUGUUUUUCUUAAUUACGAAGUGUUACCUUAUUAAAAUGACCACCAUUCUAAACCAUUUCUAUGUGGUCUCAAUAGUGAGUUUACAGUUUCAUACCAACUAUCUAAGACCUAAUUACAAAUAGACCACAGACCUCCUACUUUUAUAGACUUGAAUACUUAAGUAAUUUAAAUUAGGGUUGGUAUUUAUUUCACUUUUUCUUAUCUACAUCUUAGUUUCCUGGAAUAAUAAAGUUCGAUGUUCAGCAAAAAACUGCUUGAGUUUAAGCCAUUUUCAAAAGAAACUUGCCUUCUAAAUCAUUGUGUUCCAGAAUAUUGACUAUAGGUAUUGGGUAUUAGUGAUGGUAAACUUUGUGUUGUUCUUUAUGAAAUGAUACAUAUAACUGUUGAGUGCAUCAGUGCUUUUUAAAAGGGGCUGCAUAAUAUAGGGUUAACUAUGUAUAUUCAUGUUAAGAAUUAACUUGUGGUUUGGCUGUUUCCUGGAUUUAAAAACAUAUACAUGUGCAGAAAUGUAUUAAAAUGAAAGGAAGCAUACCUUUAUCAAGAUGCUAUUAAAAUUGUACAUCAAGUAUAAUAUUUCAUUUGGAUUCUUUUUGUUGUUGUUGUUAAUGCCUAAAAAUGCCUAUUUGGAUCUUGACUUCUUUUUAAUUGGGAGACGCUCUCUUCUGUGUAGAACAGUUGUUCCAGAAUAGCUUGGUGUUUUGUUUUCCUGUUGCAUGACAGACCUAAAUAUUUUUUCCAGCAGUGGAGGUGCUGUUAGAGUCCAGUGUUCUAGAAGAGGCAGUGUCUAAAGCCUAAUUUUACUUUUCUAAUUCUGGUAGCUAUUACCAGGAAUUUUUGAAAGUUUUGUUUAAGUAGUCUAAUAUUUUUUAUGUAAAGAGCAUUAAAUUUUGCUAUGUAUAAAUUUUUGUAACCUAACAGUGAAUCAAUAUUUUCUAUCAGUGCCAAGGGCUUCCUGUAGUUCUAUUCAAGUGUUACAAUAAAUAUUUGUAGAUAAUAGUCAA